CGCCGCCGCCCCCGCCGCCGCCGCUGCCGCAGUCUGAGAGAAGCUGUCGCGGCCCCUCCUGCCGCUCCCUCCGGCCACCAUGUCCGCCCAGGCGCAGAUGCGGGCCCUGCUGGACCAGCUCAUGGGCACGGCCCGGGACGGUGAGUAGGGGCGGCCGGCCAGGCGGGGGCUGGGGCGGGAGCGAGGCGAGGCCGCCGGGCGGCCUGAGGCCGGGGGCCGCGACUGUCUGCGCCUGCGCGGGCGUCCUCCCCUCCCCCGCGCGCCGACCGGGGGCGCCGGGCCUUUGUUUGAGCUCUUCUCGCAGGCUGGGUCCCCGGCGGGCUCCUCCCUCGGAGCCCGCGUCGUCGGUGGGGCGCCAGCCCCCUCCCCGCUGACCAUCCUGCGAUUUCUCCGCGCCCCCUCCACCCCCGCGGCCCCCGCCGCCCCUCGAACUGGGAGUCGGCGAAGGGCUGCAGCCAGCGGGGGCUCUGGGCGCUGGCAGCGGGCUGGCGGAGCUCCUCCGCGCAAGGGAGCCGGAUGGCCUGGAAACCCUGGCCGUCUUGUUCUGUACCGUUGCAAGGGGAGCCGUAAAUUGAGCUUUUCUAACGUGGGUUCCUGCCGCGUGCUUUUCCAGCCCCCUUUUCCUCUAGCCACACAGGAAAGCCUCUGUUUAGCCAGCGCUUGGCAGUCGUUAGGUAGGUUGUACUGUAGGGAGGAGCGCAAGAUCAUGAUGGUUGUCUCAGGAGAAAGCGGUUGCAUCUUUGCAAAACUAUAUACCUGCUGUGGUUUGUGUUUUCUUUUCUACCGAAGUAAUGAAGUUGUAAGUUCACACUGGCACUUUCGCAGGGCUGUGCAGAUUGUUUGCACUUUAUUUCAUAGGCGAAUAAGUGCUUUUUAGCUUUCUUUGUAUAUUGAGUUGCUUUUGAAUUGCUUCCCAUAUUUUUAUUUCAUACAAACUGAACAAUUGUGGCCCCUCUAUUUUAUUUAUAAAGGUUCAGUGUAUCUUUGCCUGCCUACAUCAAUCUGCAAGGGAGUUGCAGAAAAGCCUCAUGUUCAUCGAGCCGUGAGUCACAACCAAUUUCUAAGCUGUUAUAACAAAAAAGUGUUUGCUUUUUUUCACAAGUAACUUUAAAAGUGUAGUUUAGAAAGAAAACAUUUUCAAUAAAAAGACACUACAUUAAUCCUGGAUGCUUGCAAAUCCUAAAAUAUAUUCCUCCUUUAGUAUUACACAGCUCUGUGUCAUAUACACAGAUUAGCUUUAAAAUUUGUCACAUUCCACUUUGCCUUUACUUUUAUGUAUCAUUCCCCUGACUUCCUUACUGCAGGUUGGGCAAGAAAACUUUUCCUUUAAAACUUUUCAACAGCGGGCAUAAAAUUCUGCAGCUGAGGUCUUGAAGAAUGCAGAUGGGAGACGAAACCAGACAGAGGGUCAAGUUUACAGAUGACCGUGUCUGCAAGAGUCACCUUCUGGACUGCUGCCCCCAUGACAUUCUGGCUGGGACGCGCAUGGAUUUAGGAGAAUGUACCAAAAUCCACGAUUUGGCCCUCCGAGCAGAUUAUGAGAUUGCAAGUAAAGAAAGGGACCUCUUUUUUGAAUUGGAUGCGAUGGAUCACUUGGAGUCGUUUAUUGCUGAGUGUGAUCGGAGAACUGAGCUUGCCAAGAAGCGGCUGGCAGAGACGCAGGAGGAGAUCAGUGCAGAAGUUUCCGCAAAGGCAGAAAAAGUACAUGAGUUGAACGAAGAAAUAGGGAAGCUUCUUGCUAAAGCUGAACAGCUAGGAGCUGAAGGAAAUGUGGAUGAAUCCCAGAAGAUUCUUAUGGAAGUGGAGAAAGUCCGUGCAAAGAAAAAAGAAGCUGAGGAAGAAUACAGGAAUUCCAUGCCUGCAUCCAGUUUUCAGCAGCAGAAGCUGCGUGUUUGUGAAGUCUGUUCAGCCUACCUUGGUCUCCAUGACAAUGACCGUCGUCUUGCAGACCACUUUGGCGGCAAGUUACACUUGGGGUUCAUUCAGAUCCGUGAGAAGCUCGAUCAGUUAAGGAAAACUGUGGCUGAAAAGCAGGAGAAGAGAAAUCAGGAUCGGCUGAGGAGGAGAGAGGAGAGGGAGCGGGAAGAACGACUGAGCAGGAGGUCUGGAUCAAGAACCAGAGAUCGCAGGAGGUCACGCUCCCGGGACCGGCGUCGGAGGCGGUCAAGAUCUACCUCCAGAGAGCGGCGGAAGUCGUCCCGGUCCCGGUCCCGAGACAGACACCGGCGCCACCGAAGCCGUUCCCGGAGCCACAGCCGGGGCCACCGCCGGGCAUCCAGGGACCGGAGUUCGAAAUACAAGUUCUCCAGAGAGCGGGCCUCAAGGGAGGAGUCCUGGGAGCGCGGGCGGAGUGAGCGGGGGGCCACCGACUGGAGGCUCGAGAGCACCAAUGGGAAGACCGCAUCACGGAGGUCGGAGGAAAAGGAGGCCGGCGAGAUCUGAACCCACGCCCAGGCGCUGUAAAUAGUCCGAUACAUGUUUGACACAGCCUAACGUUACCCUUUAUAUUUGCUGAAUACAGCUCAUCUUUUGUAGUUUACCAUUUCUAUUGUUUUGGAGCUAGCUGUGAGUUUCUCGAGAUGUACAGAGUUGCUCCUGUGUUCUGGGUUAUGUCAAGUGGGAAUAAAUAGCCUGACAGACUGCUUCCUGACGGCCGCGGUGCAGUCUCUCCUG